UUUCUGAGCCCGAGUUGGGGGCGCGGUUUUGGAAAAUAGUAUGUCAGAGUGGAAGUCGUCGCUAGCCGGUUUCCGAUGUGCGUCUAGGUAUAUUUAUUUGUCACGAAGCCGUCUUUUGGCUCAGCGUCUCAGUGGCGUUCGGAGUUUUCUCACAGCAUCCUAGAGAACGACAAAUCCUGGGCCCUGCUCACUCCUGAACGCAGCCCCUCAAGGCACUCUGCUCGGCUAUUGGCUGGCAAGACUGUUCGCUAUAAUUCCGAAAGAAAGAAAGAAAAAAGAAAAGAAAAACACAAACAAAAAGCUUCCCAACAAUUUUCUUGGACAACUUCAAAAAGACAAAAAGAAAUGCCUGUUUUUCCUAAGAUAUCUUUGAGACCUGAAGUUGAAAACUAUCUCAAAGAGAGCUUUAUGAACAAGGAGGUUGUGUCUGCCUCAAGCAAACAAGAAGCAGAGAGGAAAUUUGAAGCUCUGCUCAUUCACUUGUCACACCCUCCGUCCUUCACAACUGUCAGAGUGAAUACACACUUAGCAUCAGUUGAGAAUGUCAGAGGUCUGCUGCUUGAAGAGCUUCAGAAGCAAUUCAGCGGAUUCAGCAUUCCUGUUCUUCGGCAUCCAGCCCUCCCAGAUGUCUUACUCAUUCCCGUGACUGGACCGAGAAAGAACAUAGAAAAGCAACAGUGUGAAGUGACUGUUGGAGCACAGUGUGGCAAUGCGGUAUUGAGAGGAGCCCAUGUCUACGUUCCAGGAAUUGUGGCAGCUUCCAAAUUUAUGAAAGCUGGAGAUGUUAUUUCCGUAUAUUCUGAUAUUAAAGGGAAAUGUAAGAAAGGAGCCAAAGAAUUUGAUGGAACUAAAGUAUUUCUUGGAAAUGGAAUUUCUGAACUAAGCCGUAAAGAUAUCUUCAAUGGGAUACCCGAUCUGAAAGGUAUAGGCAUAAGAAUGACAGAACCCAUAUAUCUCAGCCCUUCAUUUGACAAUGUUCUACCCAGUUACUUAUUUUUACAGAAUUUACCAUCUACUGUUGUAGCUCAUGUUCUGAAUCCUCAACCUGGAGAGAAGAUUCUAGAUUUGUGUGCAGCACCUGGGGGCAAAACUACACAUAUUGCAGCAUUGAUGCAGGACCAGGGAGAAGUAAUAGCACUGGAUAAAAUAAUGAAUAAAGUGGAAAAAUUAAAGCAGAAUGCUUCAUUAUUAGGACUUCAUUCUAUCAGGGCAUUUUGCUUUGAUGCAACAAAGGCACUUAAACUUGAUAUGAUUGAUGGCACAGAAGGGGCACCUCCAUUCCCACCAGAAUCUUUUGACCGAAUCCUCCUCGAUGCACCCUGCAGUGGGAUGGGACAGAGGCCAAAUAUGGCUUGUACUUGGACUUUGAAGGAAGUGAGAUCAUAUCAGCCACUGCAGCGAAAACUCUUUAAUGUGGCAGUUCAGCUGCUGAAGCCAGGGGGAGUACUGGUUUACAGCACGUGUACAGUAACUCUGGCAGAAAAUGAAGAGCAAGUUGCCUGGGCCCUCACAACAUUCCCCUGCCUUCAGCUUCAACCCCAGGAACCACAGAUCGGAGGAGAAGGAAUGGCGGGAGCUGGCCUGUCACCGCAGCAAUUGAAACAGCUACAGCGAUUUGAUCCGUCUGCUGUGCCACUGCAGAAUGUGGACACUGAUUGUCUUGGAGAUGGCAAAAGAGAAGACAUGAUCUGGCUGGCCAACAAGGAUUGCAUAGGCUUCUUUAUUGCAAAGUUUCUAAAAUGUAAAAGCACAGAAGAGAAGGUUUCUCAGAAAUGAAAAUUCAGAAUAUUUUCUCUGUGUGUUGCUUUUUCUUACACCAAAGUGUUGACAGGCCGGUGGAGUGAUGGCAUGAAUUUUCAGCAAACAGGAAGAUGCUAACAGUUUCCCUGAGAUCAGAAGGAGCAGUGUGUAUAUGUGGCCCUGGAGAAGUAGAGGGCUGGAAAAGCAUAAUCUGCCUUAAAUGAUACAAAAGGAAAGGAGGAAUUGCCUGGUGGGGGGGGGUAUGGAAAAUAUUGUAGGUUUUAACUCAUAAAUAUUAGUCUUUCUAAUAUGAAAAAAUAGUCUAAAGACGAAAGAAUAAAACUCUAAACGUUUCACAUGUUUAUGAAAAAGCUGUUUUCUAUUCAGAAGAUGGCAGUGGUUAUUUCAUUAUGCAUUCAGGCCAGGGGCAGUAACACUGACUACAUCAUGCCUGAGGUAAGUGGGCUUGUUACCUGAGUCUCCCCACUCUCUCUGCUUACUAAUUCUAAAUCAGGCCUCUUUUAGUUUAAAUAUUUAUUCACUUAGUCACUGUGUAUGACCUGUGUGUGGAAGUACUGCUCAUGCCAUGGCAUAUAUGUAGAAGUCAGAGGACAACUUUGGGAAUCAAUUGACCCCUUUUACCUUGGGUUCUGAGGUUCGAACCCAUGUUGUCAGGUUUGUGCGGCAAGUACUUUUACCUACUGAGCCAUCUCGUUAGCCCUCAGCUCUCUUAAAUGAAGUUUGGAGUUGUGCUAGAUAAUAAUCUAAAAGGUGAAAUAUAGGUAUUUACUUUGUAGAUAAAAAAGCAAUUGAGAAUAGUCCAUAUUUUGGCUGUACUUAUCAUUUUCUGGAAUAGAAAUCAUGGGAAAUUAUAGAAAAAUGGUUGGUAAGAAACAGAAAAGCAAUUACUGACAGCUAAGACCUGUCCUGGUGCCGUCUGCUGGGCCUCAGCUUCUCUUGAUGAACAUAAGCAGCUUCACAGAACACAAGCUCCAGGCAACUGUGUCUGAUAGGUAAGACAAAAUAAAAAGCUCUUCCUAUCAAAUCUGAGCUCACCUCAGACAAAAAUAAGAAGCUUACCCAGUCUGCAAAAGUGACCAGGCAUCCUGCCACUGUGGCUAGUCUACUCGGAUAAUAUAUCCAGUCUGCCUGGGCCACAGUAGCAGCCUGAGUAUCUGCUUUUCAGAAACUUGGUCAUGUCCUCAUGCAGGCUUCAUUCUACCUGAUUUGGAGAUAGACUCAAGAUUUCUAGUACCCAGCCACAUUUGAAAGGUCUCGUGUGCAACACACUAGACUGGCUUGUUAUCUUUCAUUUACAUAACUUCCAAAUUACUGGGCUUUGGUUUUGUCAAAUGGACAAUUGGAAGGAGGUGCUAAUAGUUCCUUUUCCUUGUAGGUUUCUUGUAGGAAGGUCUCACAACAACUUACCAUAUCCAUGAUGACUACAGCAGCUCUUGGAUCAGGAAAGCCUUUGGGUGGCUUCUUCCUGGAGAAGUCUUUUAGCAAUGUGAUUCCAGUUUACUAUGUGUUAGUUUGAGCUCGUUCCUACACUUGGGAAAUACACCAGGAUAGAUAAACCAGACAUGAGGGGAAGACCAAAAGAACACCAGGUUAUUGGCAUUGGCCGGAUGAUGAUGUUCCACAUGGUAAGUGUGGGAUCUAACAUGUUCAUUCCUCAAAUGGCAAUUAAUACCCCUGUUAAACAGUGUAGAAGCCAGCUCUUUGUUUCCAUGAAUGACUUUAAAACAAGUUCGUUAAACAGUUUAGUGUCAUGACAAUACGUGUUUAACAGGAAUGCAGAGCAAACGAUAUUAAAAUGUGGCGUUGUCUCGAAGUACAGUAUGACGGUGAGACAUCCUACGUUUAGCAGCACCUUUUUUUGGUAUCAUUUAAGUAAAAGAGCAGUAGAGAAAGAGCAGAGGAAAAACUGAAAUGACUGACAUAGAAGUAUAACACUAUUAACUCUAUUUCUAUUUCCAGCAUUUCCUGGGUUGACUACAGAAAAAAGAAAUAAGGAUUCUACAGCUGAGUAGGUUAAGAUUAAGCCUUUGCUUGUGAAAAGACUGGCAAUUACAUCCCACAAGUCAAUAAAUAGCCCCGUCUUCCUGAGGAUUAUUUUCUUAUUUCUAGAUCUGCUGCAUACUGCUGACAUAGCCCCAGUGUGCACCUUUCUACAGAUGUGCCCCUAUGUCAGCUCCGUCAGCAAUAUAGAGGAAUGCCCUGAUGUGCAGAAGCAUAUUCAGAGUAAAGUGAUGAUCUAAGAAUUGAGUACAGAAUUUAACAGGUGGACACCAUUAGAACUAUUUUCUGAAAGGGAUGAAUGGUGACAGCAAGUGAGGGAAACAGCAUCCUUCAUGAGUCUGAGUGGCACAGAGCCAUUCCAUUGGAUGCAGUAACAUAUAGGAAGGGAUUAGAUCACUGCUAAACAUCUGUGAAAUUACUUACAUGUUAUUUUAUGAGAACAAUCUUAAUUUGGGUCAGCUUAAUUUAUAUAUAGUCUGUAAAUUCUGUAAGCACUAUACGUGCUGAUUCUAAGGGGAAAAUUUCAUUUUAUAAGCAUCUAAAACACUGGUAAAAUGUGUAUGCAAUUCAUAUUUUAAAUGUUUUAGUUUUCUUGGGUAUAGGAUAAAGUAUGAAGCGUAAAACUUCUUUAAAUACAAAAUUGCUUUACUUAUAAAUGCCUAAGAAUAUUUGGGAAGAACCUGGAAUACCAGGAAACAAAUAAAAAAAAUAUUUAUUAUAACCAUUAUUCGUUUUAGUAAUAUAUGGAUCUGGUUGGGUAAUCGCAGAUAGGCAUUUUCCUGGGAAAUGCUUCAAAUGCUAGUGGCCCAUGCAGCUUAUACAGUCUUACUUAUCCAUCAGCACUGGACUCCUGAGAAAUACAGGUUUUAUAGCCUUAGCAUAAGAGCAUUGUACACUUCUUAAAGCAGGCAAAUUGAAGCACGAAGAAAGUGUCUUCUAGGUUCUCCUUCAGAGUAGAUGUCUCAUGUAAGAAAAUAUUCUUAACUUUUUUCACUUCAAGUCAUUCCAUUUUUGCCCUGAUAAUAUCUAAGGACUUAGCAGAAACUUGGGUUAUAAGAAGCACUUCUGGGUUCUGAUGGACAGUGAAACUGUUGGAGUAGAUUCUGGGGGAAGACCAGUAGGGAACUGACGAUGCACAACAGGAGCAGUAGGCAAGGGGGGAAGUGAAGUGGGAUAAGUUAUAAAAAUUUAUUUCCCUACGAAAUAAUUGCACAAGCUGUGUAAACAUUUCUUACUAAAACAAAAUACUCUGACACACAAGAUUGUACAUUUCCAGUGGAACACUCACAGUACAAGAUGCCCGUGUUUUCUCUUCUCAGGAGUAAAGCAAGAGGCAGCAGAUGAGUGCUCCCCUGGUUACCUUUGGCAGCAAGCUUCUUCACAUUCCCUGGCUGCUCCAUGGAUUUUUAAAGCAACAUAAAACACAGUUAAAUACUAAGCCAGGUGAGCAGAAUUCUCAGCCAUCAGCCUCUAGUUUCUGCGUUAGUCUUUUGUAUUCCACUUCAUCUCAGUCACUCACACACUCACACUCAUGUGCACACGGCGGCUUCGGCUUGGAUACUCCAGUGCAGUGACUAUAGCAGACACUAGCUGCUAAGAACGUGUUUGUCACAAUCAGUUGUGGACUGUAUGGAGUAGAAAAACCUCUGGAGUUUGGUUAUAGUUACCAUAAUUUAUGGUUAAAAUUAAAAACUUCAAAGGAUGGGAUAACAUUCAGAAAUCAAACCUCAAGUCAAGCAAUCACACAUAUUUACAAUAUGUACAGGCUCUCUUUUAGAAUGGGGAGAGGUGUCUAGACAAUUUUAUUAGAAAUUUCCUGAAUGUGGGUAUUUCUAGUCCCUGUGAUUCAUAAAGCAAAUCUGCUGACUUGGCAUUAAGACCCUAAAAUAGUGUGAUCAAACUGAUAUAUAUAUAUUAUAUAUAUAUAUAAUUAUAAUAAGGUGUUUGCAGAAAUAACAUUUACAAACUGUCUAUACAGUACACAGUACUAGUACAUAGAAAAUAGAUUCUAACUUUAUAAUCCCCUUUGUGUAAGGCAAGACUGAAUCUGUCCCCAAAUUUAGUCAGCCAGAGGUACAAGCAAGAAACAGUGGUCCAUGAAAGAAUGACACAGGCCAGGUAUCUGGGUAUUAAAAAUCUGGAGAAAUUCCACUGGUCAUCUGUGCUGCAUCUGGCUCACUGGAUACAUUAACUACAUUUUAGAAGCCACUCUGUUAAGUGGCAGCUACCCCAAACAGCUUUGGGAGAGUCCAGGGUAAAGGUGGAGGACUGCAGCUGGACUAGGCCAAUUUAUGUGGUACUUACAAAAGAAUGUAUAUUAAUACUUGAUUGCAUGCUAUUGCUAUUCAAGCAACAGCAAUACAAAAUAUACAAGACAGAUCACAGAUGGUUGCAAUGUACCCCCAAAGAUUUUGCUUAAGGAUGAUGUUACACAAGACUCGGGGGCAGGAACACACACGGUCAUUGGCGGAUGUAGACGUCUCUGUUCCACUCGCCAGCCUCGUUCCUCCUCUUGGAUAUUACUUCCCCUUCCUUGUCACAGUAGCGAUCCUUAGAUUUAUGCCGGCUUCGUUGUUUGUUGCACUCGUGGUCCUGCUCUCGACCCACGUCCCUAGAGCGGUGGCGAGACUCCCUGUGUCUGUGGCCAUUGCUGCUGUGGGUCUCGUCUCUGUGGUUAUGUUCCCGGUGUGGGGCAUAGUGGUCCACGUGUUCAUGGGAAUAGUCUUCCUUUGGCUCCACAUAGGCAGAGUCUCGGCUCUCCUGGGUUUCAGAGUCAAAUGUCUCUUGCCUAGAGAGGCCUCGACCUGUCCCACUGCGGUGGUUUUGGUGUGUGGCUGAGGAGGAAGAACGAUGUUGGGAUUUCUUGACUGGUUCCAGACAAGGUUCUUCUUCAGCUUGGGAAGCAGACCGGGGAGCAGAGCGAUCAGUCCUCUGAUCACCUUGAGAACCCUGGAGAAAAGGAACACGUGAGGGCAUCAACUAAGGACAGAACCUGAGGACUUGAAAGUGUAAGUCCGUCCCUUUGAAAUACCCAGAAUGCUGAAAAGAAGCCUAGCCUAGCUUAGGCACUUUUUGAAACACCUGGCCGCACUGCUUAAAUUGGACUUGUGUUCAUGGUAACAUUGCAUUUUAAUGAUGGGGAAAGAAUGUUCUUUUAUAGUCUUGUGAUUCUAGUACUAAUACAGGUGCCUUAUACUAUAGUUUUAACUAAUCUGCUUGAGUAGAUUAAAACUCAUUAAGAUGGGGCAUUUAAUGGGACAGGUACUACUCUAGAACCCUCCCAAAGGAGACAGUGUCCUUAAGUCAGCCGCUAACUUUUCAUUAUCCUGCCUUAGCCUCCAAAAAGGCGAAGAUGAUAAGCAAGUGGUAUAACAUGGAGCCAAGUACUCCUCCUCCUUUAAGUCAGGUGUUAAGCCCUUUGGGCUAGUGCACUAUUGUGGUUUUAGAAGCAGGACCAGCCAGAGAACUUGCUGAGGUUUUUACACAGAAAGAAGCAGAGCAAAAAGGGUUUGACUGCAGCCUGUCUACCCCCUUAGUUACCAUGCCGUUAGUGGGCUUCCGAGGCUGAGCUGCUGAUAGUGUGUUCAGUUUACAGGUACACAGCUCAUACGAGAGAGCCUCGGUUAAAUGGCACACAUGUUUCUUAGUUUGGUUAGCAAAGGAUAGUAGAGCAAGCAUGGAAUUACCUCUCUGGGAUUGAGUCCCAGGGGUAUCAGCUCAGGCAGCCUAGAUUCCCUAUGAGAACCAUAAAAGGAAGCUCUCUUACCUGUGAAUUAGAGGCUAGGGUGGGGCUCAUAGGUAAAGUUGAAGUGGCUAAAGUUCGGCUAAGGAGAGGGUUGGGGAGGUUACUGCUGGGUGGGUGGGUGGCCUUCCAGUAGGCCUCCAGAUAGUCGGCCAGAUGCUCACAAGCAUCCUCAAGCUGGUUCUCAUCCAAGAUCACAUCAAAUGACUCCUGCUAAAGCAAGCAUUUCAGAUAGAACAUAAAUGCAACCCAGGACCAAGCUCCCUCUCCCCGCCAAAUGUACAAGUAGAGGAGAGGCCUUGCCCAUUGUAUUUGUUCUUGCCCUGUUUUCUCCUUUUCUGUUGGCUCAGUCUCUUAGCUUAUGUACGUGUGUCGCCUCAAAUCCUUAAUUAAAACACUGAAUGUUGGUUACCUGAUUGCCCCAAAGUGGACAGCUAUCAGCAUGAUUGGUAAGGGCAAUGCACGGGAGUUAUGAUCAGUUGUGAAAAAAACACACAGAUAUGAUGGUAGAAAAACA